AUGUUGACUAAGGCCAACCGAACGAUUCACAUAGCUGCUCUCUACUGGAAUUUGAACUCUUCGGAAUAUCCAACAGCGGAACAUGGUCGACAGGUGUUUGCUAAACUCGCGGAUGCUGGACGAAGAGGAGUGGAUGUUCGAAUUGCUCAAGAUGUCAGUAAAGGAUUAUCAGACAACAAAGACUCUCAAUGGCUUGCUGAUCGGGGACUUGCUCGGGUCCGUACUGUGGAUUUUGCAAAAUUGUUUGGCUCGGGUGUUUUGCAUACCAAGUUUAUCAUAGUAGAUCUUGUUCAUGUCUAUAUAGGUUCAGCAAAUAUGGACUGGAAGUCGUUAGCCGAGGUGAAAGAGCUAGGCUUGUAUAUUCAAAAUUGCCCAUGUCUUGCCGCUGAUUUGCAUAAAAUUUUCGCAGUGUAUUGGCAUCUGGGACAGAAGGACGCUAAGAUUCCGCCUAGGUGGCCAUCCUAUAUUGAGACGCCUUUUAAUAGCAAGUCACCAAUGAAAAUCAAUUUGAACGGACUGAAUACGGAUGUUUUUAUAUCUAGUUCUCCGGCGCCAUUGAAUCCGAAAGGUCGCGAAAAUGACUUGGAUACAAUUGUUACGAUAAUUUCUUCCGCUCGUCACAGCGUUUGUGUAUCUGUAAUGGAUCUUAUUCCGCAAACCUUGUAUAUGGGAAGUAAUAACAGCUACUGGCCGGAUAUUGAUGACGCACUUCGCUCAGCUGCUUUUCGAGGUGUUUCUGUGAGGCUGCUGAUCAGCCAGUGGGGUCACUCACGUCCUGCAGAGAAAGCCUUCCUCAGAAGUCUUGUCGCCAUCAACGAAGGCCUUCCAAACGAAAGAAAGGUCGCUGGAAGUAUCAGUGUGAAAUUGUUCACUGUACCGUCUACUGAGGAACAGCAAAAAAUAGCAUUCGCUCGUGUUAAUCAUAACAAGUACAUGGUUACCGAUAUGGCUGCAUAUGUUGGAACAUCCAAUUGGGCUGGCGACUAUUUCAUCUCAACGGCAGGUGUGGGUGUGGCCAUGUCCGGUGCUAAUGGCGAAGGUGUUGUUCAGCAGCUACAAGAUGUUUUCGAUAGAGACUGGAACUCAUCCUACGCAGCUGAUCUUUGA